GCUCGGUCAAAGUGAAAGUAAUCUGCCGUUACACAUCUGGAAGAUCAGGCGUUAAACGGGCCCGGUGAGGUGAUCCGAGGACGGAGAACAACUGCUGAUAACCGGAUCAAUACUGAAAAGUUGAUUCACUCCUGAACUUUGUCUUUUGACUCAAACAGGUGAAGAUGAAAGUGUGUGUGUGAGCUGAUGUGGACGUGAAUUCAGCAGAAUGGACCAGUGUGAGGACGGAGAGGAGGGAGUCCCUCCCUCUAAAACCUCUCUGUGUGGGGAACAGGAGAGUCGGAGCAAAGCUCAGAGGAAUCAACCUGGACCUGGACCUGGACCUGGACCUGGACCUGGACCCGGACCUGGACCCAGCUGUGUGUCCUUGAAGAGCGACCAGUCAAAAGACUUGGAUAUUACCUUCAAAGGAGACCAAGGUUCUGCUGUAAAGAGGAUCCAUCAGAAAAGAGACUCUCUUGAACAUGAACCCAGCUGUUGGUCCUUGAAGAGCGACAAGUCAAAUGAUAGAUUAAUUGGCUUCAAAGGAGACCAACUUUCUUCUUCAGAGAGAGUGGACCAGCAGAUCUCAGAGUUCCCCAGUGGUCCGUCUGUCCAGCAGCAUCAGACCCAGCUGGACUCCAUAUUUCUGCUGCUGGAGGACAACAUUGUCAUGUUUGUGAAGAACGAGCUGAAGAAGAUCCAGAGGGUUCUGAGUCAGGAUUGCCCAGAAUGCCUAGAGCAUCUGUUGCAGGGUGAGGAUGAAGAGCAGAGGAACAGCAGAGAGGCGUUUGUGAAGAUCACAGUGAACUUCCUGAGGAGAAUGAAGCAGGAGGAUCUGGCUGAGCGUCUGCAGAGAAAUAUUUCUGCUGCAGUUUGUAAAAAGCGUCUGAAGUCUAAGCUGAAGAAGAAGUGCCAGUGUGUGUUUGAGGGGAUUGUUAAAGCAGGAAACCCAACCCUUCUGAAGCAGAUCUACACAGAGCUCUACAUCACAGAGGGAGGGACUGGAGACGUCAACGAUGAACAUGAAGUCAGACAGAUUGAAGCGGCUUCCAGGAAACCAGACAGAGCAGAAACAACCAUCAGACAGGAAGACAUCUUUAAACUCCCACCUGGAAGAGAUCAACCAAUCAGAACAGUGAUGAUGAAGGGAGUGGCCGGCAUCGGGAAAACAGUCCUAACACAGAAGUUCACUAUGGACUGGGCUGAAGGCAGAACCAACCAGGACAUCCACUUCCUGCUUCCAUUCACCUUCAGAGAGCUGAAUGUGCUGAGAGAGAGAAAGUUCAGCUUGGUGGAACUUGUUCAUCACUUCUUCACUGAAACCAGAGAAAUCUGCAUCUUUGAAGAGUUCCAGGUCGUGUUCAUCUUUGACGGUCUGGAUGAGAGUCGACUUCCUCUGGACUUCCACAACAAUGAGGUCGUGACUGAUGUUACAGAGUCCACCUCAGUGGAUGUGCUGCUGACAAACCUCAUCAGGGGGAACCUGCUUCCUUCUGCUCGUCUCUGGAUCACCACACGACCCGCAGCAGCCAGUCAGAUCCCUCCUGAGUGUGUCUCCAUGGUGACAGAGGUCAGAGGGUUCACUAACCCACAGAAGGAGGAAUACUUCAGGAAGAGGUUCAGAGAAGAGGAGCAGACCAGGAGGAUCAUCUCCCACAUCAAGACAUCACGGAGCCUCCACAUCAUGUGCCACAUCCCAGUCUUCUGCUGGAUCACUGCUACGGUCCUGGAGAAAGUCCUGGAGACCAGACAGGGAGGGGGGCUGCCCAAGACCCUGACUGAGAUGUACAUCCACUUCCUGGUGUUCCAGGCCAAACUGAAGAAGGUCAAGUAUGACGGAGGAACUGAGACGGAUCCACACUGGAGUCCAGAGAGCAGGAAGAUGAUCAAGUCUCUGGGAAAACUGGCUUUUGAGCAGCUGCAGAAAGGAAACCUGAUCUUCUAUGAACCAGACCUGAGGGAGUGUGGCAUCGAUGUCACAGAGGCUUCAGUGUAUUCAGGAGUGUUCACCCAGAUCUUUAGAGAGGAGAGCAGCCUGUACCAGGACCAGGUCUUCUGCUUCAUCCAUCUGAGUGUUCAGGAGUUUCUGGCUGCUCUUCAUGUCCAUCAGACCUUCAUCAGCUCUGGAGUCAACCUGCUGGAGGAACAAAUAAACACCUCCAGGUGGUUUAAAACAAGAGCCGUGACUGAGCUCUAUCAGAGUGCUGUGGACAAGGCCUUACAGAGUCCAAACGGACACCUGGACUUGUUCCUCCGCUUCCUCCUGGGUCUUUCACUGGAGACCAAUCAGACUCUCCUACGAGGUCUGUUGGAACCAAAACAAAGAAGAUCACAGAACAAUCAGGAAACAGUUGAAUACAUCAAGGAGAAGAUCAGUGAGAAUCUGUCUGCAGAGAGAAGCAUCAACCUGUUCCACUGUCUGAAUGAACUGAACGAUCGGUCUCUGGUGGAGGAGGUCCAACGGUCCCUGAGGUCAGGACUUCUCUCCACAGGUAAACUGUCUCCUGCUCAGUGGUCGGCUCUGAGCUUCAUCUUACUGUCAUCAGAAGAAGAUCUGGAGGUGUUUGACCUGCAGAAAUACUCAGCUUCAGAGGAAGUUCUACGGAGGCUGCUGCCGGUGGUCAAAGCCUCCAAGAAAGCUGUGUUGAGUGGUUGUAACCUCUCAGAGAACAUCUGUGCAGAUCUGUCCUCAGUUCUCAGCUCUCAGUCCUCCAGUCUGACAGAACUGGACCUGAGUAACAACGACCUGCAGGAUUCUGGACUGGAGAAGCUGUGUCCUGGACUGGAGAGUCCACACUGUCACCUGGAGUCUCUCAGGUUGAUUGGUUGUAACCUCUCAGAGAACAUCUGUGCAGAUCUGUCCUCAGUUCUCAGCUCUCAGUCCUCCAGUCUGACAGAACUGGACCUGAGUAACAACCACCUGCAGGAUUCAGGACUGAAGAAUCUGUGUCCUGGACUGGAGAGUCCACACUGUCACCUGGAGUCUCUCAGGUUGAGAGACUGUAACCUCUCAGAGGACAUCUGUGCAGAUCUGUCCUCAGUUCUCAGCUCUCAGUCCUCCAGUCUGACAGAACUGGACCUGAGUAACAACCACCUGCAGGAUUCAGGACUGAAGAAGCUGUGUCCUGGACUGGAAAGUCCACACUGUCACCUGGAGUCUCUCAGGUUGAGUGGUUGUAACCUCUCAGAGGACAUCUGUGCAGAUCUGUCCUCAGUUCUCAGCUCUCAGUCCUCCAGUCUGACAGAACUGGACCUGAGUAACAGCGACCUGCAGGAUUCAGGACUGAAGAAGCUGUGUCCUGGACUGGAGAGUCCACACUGUCACCUGGGGUCUCUCAGGCUGUCAGGCUGUCUGAUCUCAGAGCAAGGCUGUGCUUCUCUGGUCUCAGCUCUGAGCUCCAACCCCUCCCACCUGAGAGAGCUGGACCUGAGCUACAACCAUCCAGGAGAGUCAGCAGGGAAGCUUCUGUCUAGACUGGAGGAUCCCCGCUGGAGACUGGACACUCUCAGGGUGGAGCCUGCUGGACAACGAUUUCUGACACCAGGUCCAUGGAAGUAUUCCUGUCAACUCACCAUCGACACAAACACAGUCAACAAAUGCAUCAAACUGUCUGACAACAACAGGAAUAUGAUGUUUGUGUGGGAGGAUCAGUCAUAUCCUGAUCAUCCAGACAGAUUUGAUGUCUAUACUCAGCUGCUGUGUAGAGAAGUUCUGAUGGGUCACUGUUACUGGGAGGUCCAGAGGAGAGGAGAUGUUACUGUAUCAGUGAGUUACAGAAGAAUCAGCAGGAAAGGAAACUCUGGUGACUGUGUGUUUGGAAUGAACGAUAAUUCCUGGAGUCUGAACUGUUAUGAUGAUGGUCGCUACCGUGUCUAUCACAAUAAGAGAGAAACAUCUUCCUCCUCCUCUUCCUCAGUCUCUGACAGAGUAGCAGUGUACGUGGACGUUCCUGCUGGAACUCUGUCCUUCUACAGCGUCUCCUCUGACAGAUUGAUCCUCCUCCACACCUUCAACACCACAUUCACUGAACCUCUCUAUCCUGGGUUCUGGAUUGGUUCUGGUUCUUCAGUGUCUCUGUGUUGAGUUCAGUCUCCAGAGUCUCCUCCUGUCAGAGAAACUGUCUCUGUUGGACUGAUAGUUGAGUCUGUACAUGUCUGUCUCUGUUCCCAUCAGAACACCUGAAUCACAAAUAAUUUCAUACUUUAAUAUUUAAUAUCUUAAUUUACACGUGCAAAAUUGAGUAGGAAGAAGUGUAAACUUAUUUAAUUCUACUCCCAUUCACUAAUCAUUUAUUUACUAGUAUUUAUAAUAACUAACUAACUAUACUAUAAUUAUACUCACACACUUACCUAUACAUACACACACAUAGUUGAGUAUUUCUAUAUAUUUGUACACACAUGCCCAUAUAAAAUAAAUAUACUUAUUUACACCAUACUAUCUCUAUAUUAACUCCAUCUGCUCUAUAUCUAUAUAUAUCUACAUCCACACGUAUUCACACACAUACACAUACAUACAUACAUAUAUAUAUAUAUAUAUAUAUAUAUAUAUAUAUAUAUAUAUAUAUAUAUAUAUAUAUAUAUAUACACACACACACAUGCAUACAUACACAUAUAAUUAGCUGCCCAUUUCUGUACAUAAAUAUGAACAGAUCUACCCGUUCACCAAUAGUGUUAUAUCAGGCCCCUAAAGCUGCUAAACCUCUUCGUCUUUGUACCUUGUUGUGAAAAUCAUGUUUUUAUAUUUGUUUUUAAACUGGUUAAUGUUUGGACAUUGUUUUAAUUCUGAAUCCAUUCUGUUCCAUAGUUUAACUCACUGACUGAUAUUGAAAAUCUUUUCAUUGUUGUUCGUGUUCGACGAGUCUUAAAAUUUAGAGUCCCCCUUAAAUUAAACCUCCCCUCUCUGUCAUAAAACAUUUCCUGUAAGUGAGAUGGUAAUCAGUUGUUCUUAGAUUUAUACAUGAAUUGUGCUGUUUGGAAUUCCACUAUGUCAAAAAAUGUGAUUAUUUUAGAAUUAAAGAAUAAUAAAUUGGUGUGUUCUCAAAAA